AGCGUUCAGUGUGUGGGACUUGGAGCAGAGCGCGCAAAACCUCUCCUUCUCUCUCCUCGGUCAAUCCCUCUCUCUCUCUCUCUAUAUAUAUAUAUGUAUAUCUGGAACUGAUGGCAAUCGGUUCUUGCGCAUCGUGAAUCGCGGUUGGUGAUUGCUUCUUCUUCUUCACCAUUACGCAGAGGCAUUUCGGCCGAGCAGCCGCCGUCUCAAGCUGCGACGCCGAGCUCGUCCGACCAGAGCCUUUCCAGAUUCAGGAUGGAUGCAUCUGGUUUGAUGGUACAGAAAAGUGAUGAUGACCAAAAAGGAUUGAAGGUUCUGCUUGAUGUAUUUGGUUCUGUCUUUUCUCUGGAAGAGAUUGCUUCUGCUUACCUCAAGGCGGGCAGGAAUGCAGAUGUAGCAGGUUCUAUGUUGAGUGACACGAAGGGAAGCUCUUUUGCAUCUACCGCCGAUGAUACUCAUUGUGUUGCAAAAAGUCAAUUGUCUGAAGAAUUUUCCUGUGGUAACUUUUCUGAGAAGUUGGUUCAGGCUGAUGGAAAUCCCAGAUAUUCAAAACAAAAGGGGCUUCCUAUUUCUGUCGGUACCAUUUCAGGUGUUAUCGGUAAAGAUUAUGUCAGGUCCACAUCCUUGGCAAAUGGAUCUCGUAUGGCAGGAAAACCUUUGAAACUGGACUCCAAGGUGUUGCCAGCAUCUGAGCUUUCAGGCAAUGCUUCCAAACUGGAUGCUUCUAAGGAUGAUCAAAUGCACCAGGACAUGGAAGAUUUUCUGUUCAAAAUGCUAGGGGAUGGCUUUCAGCUUGACAGGGAUGUCAUUCGAGAAGUUCUUGGUAAAUGUGGAUAUAACAUGGAAAAGAGCAUGGACAAGCUAUUUGAUCUGUCAGCUGCAGUUUUGAAGAGAGGAAACAACUUUCUCGGCAAGUCUAAGAAGGAGGUACUUCAAAGGCCAACAGUGAUGCAAAGUGCUGAUAUAUCAGAAGGUGUUCCAGGUACAUAUGGAGGUAAAUUGAAUGGAGGGCAGAGACAGAGAAACAAUCUCGAAGAAGAAGUUUUGGCUUCAUUGUUCACUAAUUCUGGGGGACAAACGGAGUCAUGUAGCCCUGUAAAAACUGCCAAGAGGUCUAAAGCAUUUGGUGAAGUAGUGGCAGCACCUCUUCCAGAUUCUUUUCUGUUUGACAAGAAGGAUGUAGUAGAUUUGCAACAAGAUAAUAAUGAGGAUGUGGAAGAUCUAGUUGAAGAGGAUAGCUACGAGGUUCUUCGUAGAGCUGUGGAGGAAUAUAGGGCUACAAUGAGAGAGUACUAUAAGGCUGCUGUUGAAGCAUUUGCUAAGGGUGAUCGUGCUCGGGCAGGCAAACUUUUAGAACAGGGACACUUCUUCCGCAAAAAGGCUCGCGAAGCUGAUGAAGAGUCCUAUCAGAAGAUAUUUGAAACGAGAAACAAGGAUACAGUAGACUUUAUGUUGCUUGACUUGCAUGAACAUGGUGCCCUAGAGGCAAUACGUCUUCUUAGGCGCCACCUUUCGUCACUGGCUGGCAUCCCAACGAUCAGCUAUCUUAAAGUGAUCAUCGAAACAAAUGAGGAAGAUGUCUCCAAAGGGGCUCGUAAGCGGCUGGUUAUGAAAUUAUUGGCGAAGGAAUCAAUUCAAUGGACUGAAGAAGGAAACGCUGGAAUAAUACUUAUUCCCCUUACUAAUAUAGAUCCAAAACUUUUGAGUUUCGCCAAAAAAUAGAUUUUUGCUUCGACUUCAGUUGGUUGCAAAAACACGUGAUGAAGGCAAACAAGAAAGUAAUUAUUUUACGUGAACGAGGAUUGGGGGUCCCUCUAUUUUCCAAGGCCUCUCGUUAAGAGGAAUUAAAGUUGAGACUCUCAGGCAUCAUUGGGGGCUGGCUCUUAAUUUGGUCUUGUUUUCUUGGACACUGAUUGUUGUUUUUAUCCAUAGCCAGAAACCCAAGUUAAGAGGUCUGCCAUUCACUUUUGUUUCCUUGUUCUUUAAGUUGAAGGGAAUUAGAAUUCGAGAUGAAGAUAUUUGAGGAUGGUGCUGAAGCUUAUUCAUGUCAAACUUUUAGAUCAAAUAAAAGAAAGGCAUUCUUCA